GCAGCUCGUGUGACUAAUGGCAGUCAUAUGACUGAGGCUGUAAUGGAGUCCGUCCGCGAGAGUCGAGCGCGCCUCGCAAACUGAGCACGAAAAGGACUUUUAUUCUCAUUUCGAGGGUCAGUUAUUAUGGCCCCCACAUUAUUUCAUAAACUCUUCAACAAGAAGAACCCACUUUCACCGCCCGCGAGAUGCAGCAGAGAGGACGCGGUGUUCAGCUGGUCGUCCCCAGAGCUGGAACCCAGUCAGAUCCGGCUGAUCGUCUACCAGGACUGUGAGCGGCGUGGAAGAAAUGUCCUCUUUGACUCGGAUGCCAGAAAGAGAAGCACAGAAGAUGGCCCGGCCACGCGGGUGUGUGGAGAGGUGCAGGUGAAGAUGUUUGGGAGGUGUUGUCAGCUCAGGCCUACCGGUGGCAGCUCCAGUUCUCUGGACAGCAGCUCGUCCUGUGCCUCCGAGCCCAAAGAACAAAACCGCUUCCAGGCCUCAUCGCGGUGCUCGUCAGAUGCUAACAUGCUUGGAGAAAUGAUGUUCGGCUCUGUGGCCAUGAGCUACAAGGGCUCAACGCUGAAGAUCCACCAGAUACGAUCUCCUCCUCAGAUGAUGCUCAGUAAGGUGUUUACAGCCAGAACGGGUGGCAGUGUGUGUGGCAGUCUGAACACUCUGCAGGACAGCCUGGAGUUCAUCAAUCAGGACUCCAGCACCCUCCGGCCCGAGCAGAACCACACCACAGCCAACGGUUUCCUUGGCAGCAUAGGUUUCUCUCAGCUCUGCAGCCCGCGCCGAGCGCUCUCAGAGCAAGGCCCUCUCCGGCUCAUCAAGAGCGCCUCUUUCUUUUCAGGACACAGCAACCCAAUGGACAUGCCUGGACGAGGCCUGUAUGACGAGCGGGACAGCGGCAUCGCACGCUCAGCGUCUUUAAGCAGUCUGCUGAUCACGCCGUUCCCGUCUCCGGGCUCUUCUCUGACCAGCAGCUGUGCCAGCAGUUACCAGAGGCGCUGGUUACGCAGCCAGACCACCAGCCUGGAGAACGGAGUCUUUCCCCGAUGGUCUGUGGAGGAGAGCUUCAACAUGUCUGACGAGAGCAGCGGGCCGAGUCUGGGUGUCGCCCGCAAGAAGAAGAUCGCCAUCGGGGUCAUCUUUCAGCUCUCGCCCAACGAGGAGGAAAACGCAAAGUUCCAAGACUUCUUCUUCUCCCACUUUCCCCUGUUCGAGAGCCACAUGAACAAACUCAAGAGCGCCAUCGAGCAGGCGAUGAUACUGAGCCGCAGGUCAGCCGAUGCCAACCAGAGAGCCUUGGCGUACAGCCGGAUGGUGGACGGCCUGAAUGAGUUCAGGACCACCAUCUGCAACCUGUACACUAUGCCACGGGUGCCGGAGCCCGUCUGGCUCACCAUGAUGUCGGGACCCCCAGAGAAGAACCAGCUCUGUGGACACUUCAUGAGGGAGCUGGCCCUGCUGAUGGAGCAGGCCUCCAAGAACCAAUUCCUCCCUGCACUUCUGACUGCGGUGCUCACUAAUCAUUUGGCCUGGGUUCCUACGGUCAUGCCGAACGGUCAGCCACCCCUUAAGAUCUUCCUGGAGAAACACUCCUCGCAGAGUGUGGACAUGCUGGCGAAAACACACCCCUACAACCCGCUCUGGGCACAGCUCGGUGACCUGUAUGGGGCGAUUGGCUCGCCGGUGCGUCUGUCCCGUACGGUGGUGGUGGGCCGGCGGCAGGAGCUGGUGCAGCGGCUCCUCUACCUGCUCACCUACUUCAUCCGCUGCUCGGAGCUGCUGGAAACACACCUGCUGGAGAGCGCCGAGGACGAGGCCAUCGUGAUGCCCGGAUCCCUAAUCACCACAUCACUGCGCCGAGGAGAGGUGGAGGAGUCCGAGUACGUGCUGGUCACCAUGCACAAGCCCAGCCGAGACUACCUGAGCCAGGAGGACAAAACGGAGGACCCUGCAAACCCAGACGAACACCAGACGGAGCACACCAGUGAUGCGCCGGUCUGCAGAGUGGCCGACAGCCCACUGUUCGACACCCGGCUGGAGAUGCUGGUCAAAGUAGGAUCCACCUCUCCGUCUGAGAGAAGAGCCUCAGUGGAGGUGCAGGAGGCGCAGGCAGAAGCUGGAGGCGUUCCCAUCAGGAUCCACCCACCGUCCGACGCCCUGCUGGAGAAAAAACCCCCGGACAAGAGCUACCCAGAGAUCGAACCCUCAGCCAAAGUCACAUUCCUCAUCGGGGACUCCAUGUCUCCUGAAUCUGACCUGGAGAGCCGGCAGCAGAAGGUGGAGCAGGAGAUACGGAGACACAAGCAGACGCUCCUCAGAGACGCUCAGCAGAGUAGCACUGAGAAUAAACUCCAAGUGGACCAAAUCAAGAGUAAAUCCAGUGUAUUUGUGAGUAGAAAGUCGACUCGGUGGAGUGCGAGUGCGCAGGAGGACUGCGUGGACAUGUUCGAGGAGUACUUCAGUGAAGACAACCCUGUGGAGACCAUGACUAUUGAUGAUGUCUAUCAGAAACAUGCAGCGAAAGAGAAGUCAGACGUGCAGCUCGAGUGUGUGCGUGUAGACGCCGGCUGCUGUAAAAGCUGCAGUUCUGCUGAUCUGGAUAAAGGCAUUGAGAUCUCUCUGAGUGUCCCUUCAGUUGUAGAGCAGAAGAAAGCAGCUCCUCUGAAUGACUGGGAGAUCCCUCGAAACGAGAGCUCGGACAGCGCUCUGGGGGACAGCGAGAGCGAGGACGCUGGCCCGGAUCUACCCAGAGUGGAACCCGAUGGAGCCUUCGACAGCGACUGGCAGGAUGAGCUGGAGCUGCCGCUGCCCGGGGCGAAGCUGGUGGAGAACUACUCUAAGCCGAGCAUCGCUAACUUCGGCAGGUCGUUGUUUGGAGGUUACUGCCCCUCAUACGUCCCAGACUUUGUUCUGCAAGGAGUCCCCAAUGAUGAGAAGCUGAAGCAGAACCUGGUGUCUGACCUGGCUCACGCUGUGCAGCAUCCGGUGCUGGACGAGCCCAUCGCAGAGGCCGUGUGCAUUAUUGCAGACACAGAGAAGUGGACAGUGACAGUGGCCAGCAGCCAGAGACGCUCCUCUGAGAAACUGGGUAAAGAGGUGCUGGUGUCCAGCCUGGUGUCGGGCCUGCUGCAGUCCACACUCCAGCUCUAUCGCCUCAACCUCUCCCCAAACUUUUGUAUCAUGCAUCUGGAGGACCGUCUGCAGGAGCUCUACUUUAAGAGUAAGAUGCUGGCGGAGUAUCUGAGAGGACAGACACGAGUGCAUGUGAAGGAGCUGGGCAUGGUGCUGGGGAUCGAGUCUAAUGAUCUUCCCCUGCUCGCAGCCAUCGCCAGCACACACUCCCCACACGUGGCCCAGAUCCUGCUGUAGGCGUGCGGACACACACUCAUUCCCCCCGGCGUCUACAGGUACAGGACUCCAGCCAGCCCCGGAGAGCUUGCGGGUGAGCAAGACUGCAGGACAGACGCUCUCGCAACCGCUGGCGGCCCACAGAUGUGCACCGCUGACCACAGAACAGUCGACUCCCGAUGCCAGAUGCAGAAUUCCACUGUACACCGGGUCUCAUUCACUAACCAUGCGGACGCACACGUUUGCACGAAUCAAUCACGAGUCAUCAAAACGUCCGCACUGCGAUCUAUUCUAAAUGUAGGAAAAUAGCACAUGACAGCACAGGUACGCAAUGAUCAGGCUCUGCAGGAUUUUGUGAGAAAUAAUCUGAUUUUAAUUUAUUUUUUUAGACUGAAUUGAUGGAUUAUGUGGCCGGUUUUGCAAAUUUUGCUGAAUUAUUAUUAUUAAUUAAUUUUAUUUUUAUUUUUUGGUGAAAUAUACACAAAUUUUCUGACUUGAUUUCUGUAAUUAUAUAAAGCAAACACAGAGAGAAGCUAGACUUCACCCCAAAGCUACGGCAUCAUAUUUAAAAAUGAAACCAGCUGAUUGAAAAUAAUGCUCUAGUUCAAACAGGCUUUGAGCGUGUGUUGUGAUAAUGUCACAUGACACGGAUCACACACUGCAUGAGGAGCACAUAUUAACAAUUAUAUUAGAAUUAUUCUAAUAUAUAAAGUUGAAGUCAGAAUUAUUAAACCCCCUUUGAGUUUUAUUUUCUUUAUUAAAUAUUUCCUAAAUGAUGUUUAACAGAGCAGGGAAAUGUUCACAGUAUGUCUGAUAAUGUUUGUUCUUCUGGAGAAAGUCUUAUUUGUUUUAUUUCAGCUAGAAUAAAAGCAGUUUUUAAAUUUUUUUAUAAACUAUUUUAAGGUCAAUAUUAUUAGCCCCUUUACACAAAUUGUUUGUCAACUGUCUACAGAACAAACCAUCAUUAUACAAUGACUUGCGUAAUUACCUUAACCUGCCUAGUUAACCUAAUUACCCUAGUUAAGCCUUUAAAUGUUACUUUAAGCUGUAUAGAAGUGUCUUGAAGAAUAUCUAGUCUAAUAUUAUUUACUGUCAUCAUGACAAAGAGAAAAUAAAUCAGUUAUUAACACUAUUAUGACUAGAAAUGUGUUGGAAAAAAUCUGCUCCGUUACACAGAAAUUGGGGGAAAAAAUAAAGAGGGGGGCUAAUAAUUCUGACUGCAACUGUAUAUGUUAGAUUAUUCACCAGUAUGAUGUUUUUGAAUAUAAAACUAUGCAGACGACUCUGUUGCAUGGUGAGAGUCAGUGUCCCGACUGGUCAAAAUAUGCAAGAUUUAUGCAGCAUUUAACAAAAAUGAGAACUGCACAAAAAAUACUGGAUUCUGCCUUAAAUUCAGCGAUUGUGAAGUCCUGGAGGGUCUGAAUAAUUAUGUAUUCCUGGGUUCUUAUAAACAUGUAUAAGAAACCCUACAUAUUAUCAUGUUAUUUACAGGGUGAAUGAAAACUAACAAGACUUUAACAGUUAAUAUUACAGUAUAUAAAUAGAGAUCCACACAACAAUCAGCUGCUGUAUCCUUAUAUAAAGAUGAUCAGUGUGUCUCAGCUUGUGUUUGGAGGAACCGGCGUCUUUAGAGAGCGGACAGAUGUGUUUCUGAGACUGAUGAACGGCUGUUCAGGUCUCGAUCACACAGGAUGUGUUUUUAAUUAUGGCGAGAGGCGUCAUUUUAAAAUGGUUUUCCUUCAAGUUUUGACGGAUGGAAAAAACUGCUGAAUAAGCAGCUGAGCAUCAGAACCGUUGAUGCAGUGGUUACCUAGCAACACAAAAGGCACAGCACUCUGCUCUUUAAGAGUUUUUUCUAAAGUCCACAGAAAUGCAGUGUGAUUCAGAUCUGAGAGCGUGUUCCACAUCCAGCAUCAAACCUUCGUUAGCAUUAAAGCUAUCUUUAGUUUCAGAGUCAUCAUUAUCUCUCCUUAGUUCAUCAUUCAUCUUGUACUUUAAUCUGGACAAGUGCCGCUUUGAGGAAAGCCCUUAUAUGGAGCUAAUGUGGGCGUGCAUUAUGCAAAUGACUAACCUUGUGGAUUUUAGAAGACUCUGAAUUCACUAACAGAUCAAACUCGUGUGCGUGCGCUCAUGUUGUGGAUCAGCAGGAAAGAUUUCAGAGUUCAAAAGUGCGAAGAACACAAUUAUUAGUGAAUGAGACCCACUCUUUCUUUCUUUCUUUCUUUACUUUCUCAUCUCAAGCAUCGUCAGAUUGUCAAAGCCAAAGAAGAUCCAUCAAGAACAAACACUGAGGCCGCUCUCGACGCUUGGUCAAAUCUAGACCUGCUCCUUCAGAACUUAUGAAAUCAGUUUUAUGAUUUUUUAUUUGUAUUUUUUCCAAGUAAUUGUGACAAUCCUGCAAGAUUUGUAAUGUUUUCAAUGCGUUUACAAGAGGAUGAACCCUGUCCGGCUGAAAUGAGCUCUACCUCACACACUUUUCUAUCAUGCUGAAUCAAACAUUUCGAGGUGAACUUUUCAGUUUUCACCCAAUCACGGCAAAAGCGUGGCAUGAAGGAGCUCCGAGGAUUCAGCUUUAUGGUGUAACUGUUUUGGGCAAAGUCACUUUAUCGGUAACACAAGCGUUUACCUGUCCCACAGGAGAGAUUAAGGGAUGUAUUUCUGUUUAAUUAGUCGUUUAGACGUGACAUGCUGUGUAACAUACCUGUAUUAAAUGAAAGGCUGAUCCAGGAACAGUCAACAAUCAUGUGUUUUCAGGACUGAAAUGCUGAAACUCUUCAUGCAGAGACUCUGCUUCACUCGCAGCCGGAUUGUUUACCGCUCCAAUAAUAACUGGGAGAGUACGAUUGGUUGGUUUUUGGGUCGUACAGUCUUAAUCAACACGACGUGAACAAAAACAGACUGCUUUUUUUGGUUUUAGCUGGUUAAAACAUGUACGAGACGCGUCUGUGGGACACAUGCAGUUCAGUUUAUUUUAUAAAAGAAAAAGGAGAAACUCUGUCCUCAUUUCUCCUCUGCAGAAUAUGUAUUUAUAUCUAAUAGUUUCUUUAUACAGAAGAUAAUAAUUUAUUUACAUGGCAUGCGUUGAUAAAUGUUGUAUAUACUGCUUCAAUAUUCUUGAUGUAUUUGUACAUAUAAUGCCUUCUUUUUGACUUCUCUUUGUUUCCCAGUUUUUAUGGGGAUCCUGUGCAAUAAAUAUGGCAACA